AUGAAUAUGUUGGAUGAUGAAGAUGACCAAAGCUUUCACGCUACGCGUGACGGCUACUCCCAUUUGAGCGAUGUCGAAUGGGAUGCGGUUGAACGAUUGGGUUCAACCAUGGGCAUCCAUGCUGUUAGCGUCAUGCUAGAGGCUCUCAAUAGAGAUGCCCAACAUGCUACUAUCGCCAAGUUCAUUCAAAAUGAACUUGACGCUGAACGCGAGAAAGUAGCCUUGCUUCACCAACAAGGUUCUCAACAAGCAGAGUUGUUGAGAGAACAGGGUGCUCAACAGUUUGAACUGUUGAGACAGCAGCAGGCUGCUGCUGGCGGGUCGAUGCACUCGCGUCGACCCGAGACUUUGAAGAUUGACAUCUCAAAGGCGCGUCGCAUCGACGACGGGGAUAUGCAAGUUGCAUUUGCCCAGUCAAAUCUGGCAGGACGUGCCAAGACUUGGGCACUGGGGCUCAAGUUGCACGACCCAUAUGCGUUUGGGUCGUUGGAAGUCUUCAAGUCGCGGCUCAGACAAACGUUUGAACUGCCUGGAGCUGAGUUCAGGGCUCGAACCGAACUGUUGAAGCUCAAAUAG